AUGGGCAGGGAAAACCAGACGUGGAUGAGUGAGUUCAUUCUGCUGGGGCUGUCCAGCUGCUGGGAGACUCAGGUCUCCCUCUUCGUCCUUUUCCUGGCCAUGUAUCUGGUGACUGUGCUGGGGAACUUCCUCAUCCUCCUACUUAUCAGACUGGACAACAGGCUGAAUACACCCAUGUACUUUUUCCUCAGCGUCCUCUCAUUUGUCGACAUCUGUUACACCAACAGCACUGUCCCCCAGAUGCUUGUUCACUUCCUGUCAGCCCGGAAGUCCAUCCCGUUCCCCAGCUGUGUGCUCCAGCUCUAUGCAUCCUUGGCACUGGGCGGGUCUGAGUUCUUCCUGCUGGGAGCCAUGGCCUAUGACCGCUACGUGGCAGUGUGCCACCCGCUGCACUACACAGUCACCAUGCACGGAGGGCUGUGCCUGGGGCUGGCUGCCGGCUGCCUGGUGGCUGGUUUCAUUAAUUCACUGAUGGAAACAAUCAUCACCUUUCGGCUUCCUCUGUGUCACAACGUUAUUAAUCACUUUACCUGUGAGACCCUAGCGGUGCUACGGCUGGCCUGUGUGGACAUCUCCUUCAACAUGGUCAUGGUGGCCAUUUCGGGGUUUCUGGUGCUCAUGGUUCCUUGUUCCCUUGUUCUGUUCUCCUAUGGUCGUAUAGUUUUCACCAUUCUGCGCAUUCGUUCUACUCAGGGGUGUAGGAAAGCUUUUGGGACUUGUGCCUCCCACCUCGCUGUGGUUUGCAUGUGCUUUGGGGCUACCAUCUUCACCUACCUGGGGCCACGGUCAGCUUCUUCAGUGGAAGAGGAGAAGAUGGUUGCUCUGUUUUAUGCUGUGGUGGCACCUAUGUUGAACCCCUUGAUCUACAGCUUGAGGAAUAAGGAUGUUAUGGCUGCUUUCUGGAAAGUUUUAGAGAAAUUUGGAGCUAAAGAGUAA